UGGAGCGCUGUCCUUUUGGGACUAUGCCACAGCGGGACCUUAUCUUGAAAUAGAUAUGAACCCAACUGAAAAUGGGUAUAAGGAUGCAGUGUUUCUUUCUCCACAUAAGUUUGUUGGUGGUCCAGGAACUCCAGGACUUUUCAUCGCCAAGAAGCAUGUUUUCAAAAAUCCUGUGCCUGGUGGUUGCGGAGGAGGGACAGUUCUCUUUGUUACACGCGACACGCAUUUGUAUCUCAAAGACAUCGAGGCGAGGGAAGAGGGAGGCACUCCAGCCAUUGUCGAAUCAAUAAGAGCAGGAAUGGUGUUUCAAAUCAAACAGAGCGUUGGUAGUAAACUCAUUGAGGAGAGAGAAGAAGAGCUUUGCCAGUAAGUUGUUGGGCCUGGGACGAAAGUCAAACUUGGUGAUGUAAUAAGAAAUCUUUUAAUUUGUUGACGUCACCAUAAAAUGGCCGCCGGGACGUCUCCUGAAAGCAGCAAUUUAGCUUCUCAGUUGGUAUCUAGUGUUUUUUUCCUUGAU